AUGGUGUCAUUCAAUCCAAGCAAAGACAUACCAUCCCUCCAAGGCAAGGUGAUUCUCAUAACGGGCGGCAACAUUGGCCUGGGACGACAAUGCGUCUUGGAAAUCUCGCGACACCAGCCCGCCCAGGUCUGGCUGGCGGCACGGAACCUGGACAAGGGCCGAGCGACGGCCGACGAGAUCAAGCAGCAAGUCCCUGGGGCUCCGAUCAAACUUCUCGAACUGGACUUGACGUCGUUUGAGUCGGUCAAGAAGGCGGCGAAGACUUUUGAAUCGGAGUCUGACCGUCUGGAUAUCCUGAUGUGCAAUGCAGGAAUCAUGGCUGCUCCACCAGGGUCCACGAAGGAGGGCUAUGAGAUUCAUUUUGGCACGAACCAUAUGGGUCAUGCGCUCUUGACGAGGCUUUUACUGCCGAUGCUGGAGAAGACAGCUGCGCGCAGCGAUGCCGAUGUGCGAGUGGUCUCGAUGUCGUCGUAUGGGCAUAGAUCCGCUCCGCCGGAGGGGAUUGUGUUUGGCUCGCUCAAGACGCCGGCCGAGACGAUGGGCUCGCUAGAGCGAUAUGGCCAGAGCAAGUUGGCGAAUGUCCUCUGGGCCAGGGAGCUGGCCAGGCGUUAUCCUCAGUUCACGGUGGCCGCGGUACAUCCGGGGGUGGUGAAUACGAACCUUCUUUCGGGUGCAACAGAUGCACCAUUCUGGGCCAGGAUGUUGUUCGGUUCGAUGAAAACAUUGGGAGUCAUAGCAUCGGCCGAGACAGGAGUCAAGAAUCAGCUUUGGGCAGCGGUUGCGGGUGAUGUUCAGAGCGGACAGUAUUAUGAGCCUGUGGGUGUUGCAGGGAAAGGGAGCCCAAAGACCACAGAUGAUGACCUUGCGAAGAGGUUAUGGGAGUGGACUGAAAAGGAGUUGGAUGGGUAUGUUGAGUGA